UUAUCUUUCGAAUGAAGUGUUUAUCAUUCCAUUUCGUUCAGUUGUUUAGGAGCUAUUAACGCUCAAAAUCUCGGUCUCCGGCGUAACGCUUUCGUUUUCGAAACUUUGAUUUUACACCCCGGUAUAGAAAUGAAAGACGUAGUCCUACGUCAAAAAAGUUAUGUUUUCUUCGAGGAAUAGUUUUUAUUUUUUAAAUAAUUUAGUAUUUUAUAAAUCUCUUUCAUAAUUACAUUUUUAAACACUAUAGUAUUUUAUAUUCUGUUGUGCGAACUGAUCGUAGUUUUCUAACUAUAUUAAUUUAUUACCUUUACAUUGUCAUUCAUAAGUUGAUGCGCCAUGGUCUUAACAGGCAAUAAAAAUGUACAUAAUUUAAGAAAAAUAUACAAAAAAAAGAAAAACAUAAAUAUAUCAUUAAAUAAAAAAAUUGAGAACAGCUGUUAUGAUGGCGAAAUGACCAAUCGCGACAAUCCUUGUAUUUUAUUUAUUAAUGAACCCGACUGCUGUUUGGAAAAUGUACUGAAGUGUAUAAUGUUGCUCAGGUGGGUGCAUCUACUGUAUCACUAUUUAAACAUGUUGCGUGACAAUUGGCGACCCUUGUUGAUUUGUAUCUACAAAAUGUUUUCAAAAACUGAUUAGUACUAAUAUUGGAUUGUAAUAUCGGAUAGCUAUGACUUAACUUAUCAAGAUUAUCUUUUCUAUCUGAAAUGCCUGAAGUUGCUUGUGUAAAAUUUGACUGUUACAGUUGAUUCAUCGAUAAACAUUAUCAUUACUUGGCGAACUUGUUGAUGUAUAUCUUGUGGUUGUGCGGUGGAUGCAGCUCAGAUUCGGUAGCAAGAAACAUGCGUUAGCUACAAAAUAUCUUUAAAAAUGAUUAAUGCUUAAAUUGGAAGGCAAUAUCGAAUAGCGACAAUUUACAUUUUAUAUAAGUGCCUUGAAUCAUCACAAUAGAUCAAACUAGUAGACGCAGUGGUUCAAAGCUAUCACAGAAUAAAAAGUGCGUCGAAUAUGUUUAUAUUAGCAGGGUAUUUGCACGUUGAUUCUUUGUUGCAGCAUGAGAGCUUCUUGGGAAAUUUGUUGAAGUACACGCUACGGUUGAGGGUUGGGUAAACCUGCUGCUUUGCCAUCGUGUUGCGAUACGAUCAUUGGCGACGAUGUCUGGUUCGAAAGUAAUGAAACUAGCGGCAUCUACAAUAUGUAUUACAAUUAGCGCUUACAUUGUAGGAAAAGUAGGGAAAAUGUCGAAGAGCUUUAAUUUACAUAAACUAGAUUGUGUUUUCCCGCCUAGAAUGCAUGAUGCUAGCUGGGUCUUCAAUGGUCUGCAUCAUGAACUGCGGCUCGUUGGCAAUGAAACCGAGCUGUGUGGCUCGUGUUCAUAAAGCAGCGAUGAACAAUUCAUGUUGUCCAGAUGUUGUCUUGACAAGAUUUCCGCUGCUCCUACUGCAAGUAGAAAAAAAUCUAAAAUUUACUCAGUUUACCGAUCUCAAUACUUACAAAAAGAUUUUUAUUCUAUCAGACGCUCCAACUGGAACAGAUAUAACAGGUUUAUUGAAAUAGAGAUGGAAUUUAAAACACAAAAAUCUGUGUCUUCCUUGGUAAGUAGUGAAGUAUUUUACUUGUAGCAUAUACGAUAGGUGGUUGAGUUUAUUCAGCAAAAACGAUGCACGCCCAGAAACGUUUAUUUUCGUUAAAAUCAAACGCGUUGAAAAUUGAAAGAUAUAGAAAUUCAAACGCUUGUGACAGUAUGUAUGCACAUACGAAUCAGCUAUCCCCCUCCCGCUUUUUUUUUGUAAACAAUCCCCUCUCACACUCCUCGCUACUCACCACUCUCCUCGCUAACUUACUGAAGAUACGGACUCACCUUAGUAAUACUUCUAUACAUCUUGCUUCGGACGCCACUUUCCUCCGACGGCCGAAACGUCCGAAGUAACAAAGCAGUCAAAACAACUCGCAGUCGUACUUCGGUCGUUUUGGAAUUUGUUUCUUACAGGUGUUGUUAUCGAUUUCAGUGCAAUUCAACGAGUGAUAACAAUAGUAAUCAGUCUUUAGAACGAAAUGCUGAUAUUUGGAUUGUUGUUUAUUAGUUAGUUUCAAAUUUUUAUAGUGCAACGUAAUAUGUCCAAUGUGCAAACGCGGGCAGUCAAAACGUCCAAUGUAACAUUUUUCGCUCCGAGGCUUCAACCUUAAUCUCAAAUCACGGAACAAUAGUUACGAUUGGUUUUACGAAGUUAUUCUUGACAGCUAGUGGUGAAAACUGUGAUAAAGAUUGAUAGCUUUUAAGACAAUUCGCCAAAUAAUGUUCGGGUCUUCAACUACGUUUUUCUCGAGUUGGCGAAAAUGUUACAUUGGACCUUUUCAAAAGUUACGCGAGAAUUGUUCAUUAAUUGUGAAUAACCGUAUCCUCUUUUUCGUCUGCAAUGAUGUCAAGGCAAAAGUACUUAUGUGUAUGAGUUCCAAACAUCAUACACACCAGAUGGGCCAACAAGAAGGACUGCCGGGCCGCAGGUUGAGUAUCGCUGGUCUAACGUCAUGUGUAUUGAUAUAUACUAAAUAUAAUAACUUUUCUGUAUUAAAACUAUGGAAAAAUGUCAUAUGGUACAGGUUCAUUGAUCGAACACUUAGAUUUACCAGGCAUCAAUUAUCGAGAGGCCGAAGAAUUUGAGGUAGUUUCUCAUUUACACAUUUGCUCAAAAAAAACUGUUAUUAACUGAAAUGCAUAUAGGUACACUGUGGAUAUAUCCUCAGCUCCGGGAACGAAUCCCUAAAGCCCCACGGAACAUACAAACGUGAGCAUGAAAAAUCAUAAACAUAACCUGUAAUCUCAAAUCAGAAUUAUAUAUUUUAGGAAAAUUUUAACUCUUUAAUAAAAGAUCGAGCUACGAUUUCGGAAACCGUUUCGUUUGUUGCACUCUGCAACAUUAUUAAAAUUUUCGUUUCCCGGACAACGUUGAAAGAUGCCUAUCGAUCGAACUCCACCACAGGAAUAUAGUUGCCCUAUCUGCAAAAAGUUCGAUAACAGUCGGAUGGUCCGACGAUUGCAACGAUUGGUUCCAUUUCGACUGUGUGGGUGUGACUGAAGAUGUUGAGAAACACGACUGGAGCUGCUCACAAUGCACGGAAGCCAAAAAAGCAGCCAAAUCCAAAGAACAAGUCUCACAUCAUGGUAAUCAACCUGCGCAGUCCAAUAAAGGUGCCGUCGAAUUGCAACAAGCAACAGGAGCCCAAAAGGGAGCGACGAAGACAACAAUGGUGAAUUUAGAUCCCAAUAGUUUGUUUGCCCCUGGACCGUCACACAGAAUGAUAAAGCAGAAUGAUAGGAGAGGUGAAGGAAGUUUGUCAAUGGUGCAAGCUGAGAUACGAAUGAAAAUGCUUGAGGAGGAAAAAGCUCUCGAGCGAAAAUAUCUGCAGAGGAAAUACGAGAUUAUGAUGGAAGCCGCUGGUGGUUCUUUGCGGAAUUAAUGAGUGUACCAGUAAGCACCAUCAGUUGUUGCAUAACAAUGCACCGUUUAAACCACGAACGCCACGGUCUCCAAAUUCCGGGCAGACUGCUGCGACAUCACAGCCGAGUACCACGUCAAUUGUUGAGCACAAUUGUAAUAUUCAUCGCAGCGACGGUACGGAAGUUCUUUUUCGAUAUGUACCUGUAAUAUUGCAUGGUCGUGGAACUAAAAUUCAAACAUACGCUUUUCUCGAUGACGGUUCAUCAUUGACGUUGCUUGAUGAUGAUUUGGCAGACGAACUGAAGCUUGAUGGUGUUGCACAUCCUUUUUGUUUACAGUGGACAGCAUACACAUGCCGCUAUGAGGAGUCGUCACAAAAAGUGUCCUUACAGAUUUCUGGUGUACGUAAUCCUGACAUACGAUAUAAACUUCCGACAGUACACACUGUCAAACAACUAAAGCUUCCUCCUCAAACAUUGGAAUUUUCUGAACCUUAAAGGAUUACCGGUUGACUCUUACACCAAUGUGCGCCCAAGGAUUCUAAUUGGAAUAAACAACUGGCGUGUUGGUCACGUUCUCGACAGCCGUGAAGGAAAAGAGUAUGAGCCUGUCGCAUCAAAAACUCGUUUGGGAUGGAUGGUAUAUGGCGUACAUAACAACGCCCAGUUUCAAGAAGGGUAUACCGCUCAUCACAGUUACCAUAUCUGCUCAAACUCCAGUCAAGUUGAUGACGAUUUACAUAACACUGUGAAGAGGUUCUUCGCGCUUGAUAGCAUCGGCAUAACUAAACCGGAUAAACUGAUAAUUUCCAAUGAGGAUGAACGCGCCUGGUCCAUGAUGCGCUCCAUUAUCACUCUAGAGAAUGGACACUAUAAAACUGGACUCCUCUGGAAAUUCGACGACGUAAGACUGCCUGAUAGCAAGUCAAUGGCACUUAGAAGAUGGCAGUGUCUGGAACGCAGGAUGACCAGAGAACUCGAGCUGGGUGCUACACUCAGAGCAAAAAUGGAAGAUUAUUUGCGUAAAGGAUAUGCGCGGAAGUUGACUACCGAAGAAUUGAGGCAACCAUAUGAUCGCAUUUGGUAUUUGCCAAUAUUCCCGGUGUUCAACCCCAAUAAGCCGGGAAAACUCAGGAUCGUCUGGGAUGCUGCUGCUGCUGUAAACAGUAUUUCGUUGAAUUCCGUACUCAUGACGGGUCCAGAUCAGCUGACGGAACUCCCAGCGGUACUCUACAAAUUUCGCCAAUACCCGGUGGCCAUAGGAGGAGACGUGCGUGAAAUGUUUCACCAGAUACAAAUGAAUGAGGUGGAUCAGCAUUGUCAUCGAUUUUACUUUAGCAUCGAUAAGGAUCAAAAGGAACCCGACGUGUACAUUUUGCUUGUUAUGUCUUUCGGUGCGACAUGCUCACCCAGCCUUGCCCAAUUCGUUAAAAACGAAAACGCGGAACGUUUCCGGCGUCGCUUUCCAACCGCUGUGGACGUAAUCAUAAAGUCACAUUACGUUGACGAUAUGUAUACGAGUGUCCCCACCAAAGAGGAAGCAAUCGUUCUAGCCAAGCAAGUCAAGGAAAUUCACUCUCGCGCUGGGUUUGAGAUGACCAAUUGGGUUUCUAAUUCUCCAGACGUACUUGUAGCUCUGGACGCAUCAAAUGUUCCCGAAAAGAAUUUGAACACGACAAUCGAAGUGGCCAAUGAAAAGGUGCUUGGGAUGUGGUGGUCGACGGAAUCAGAUGUUUUUACCUACAAACUAUUCCUGCAACGCAACAAGGACAUCCUUUCUGGAACGCGACGCCCCACUAAAAGGGAGCUUUUGAGAACCAUGAUGAGUGUUUAUGACCCUCUCGGUCUCAUCGCACACUAUUUGAUGUUUUUGAAGAUGAUUUUGCAGGAGGUCUGGCGGUCUGGAGUGAACUGGGAUGAUUGUAUUGCUGAGCGUGAGUGGGAGAUAUGGAAGAUUUGGUUGCAGUUUCUUCCCUCGUUUGAAAGUUUACGGAUUCCCCGCUGCUACCGUCUGAAAACAUCAGUUAACUAUUCCGUUCAACUCCACACAUUCGUGGAUGCUAGCGAAAAUGGAUAUGCCGCUGUAUGCUAUUUCCGGUUUGAAUAGGAUGGUCAAGUUGAAUGUACGCUGAUUGGAGCUAAAAGUCGUGUCGCACCACUCAAGUUUGUAUCUAUACCGCGCUUGGAAUUACAAGCCGGUAUCAUCGGGGCUCGAUUAGCAAAAGCUGUAGAACAAGGCCAUACGUACAAAAUAUCGAAGCGGUUCUUUUGGACUGAUGCUCGCAACGUUUUGUGCUGGUUGAACUCCGAUCAUCGAAGGUACAGCCAAUUCGUUGCCUUCCGUGUGAGUGAGCUGUUGGAAACAACGGACGUUACCGAAUGGCGAUGGGUGCCAACCAAGUUGAACGUGGCCGACGAAGCCACAAAAUGGAAAUGUGCACCGAGUCUUAAGUAUGAUAGUCGUUGGUUCAAUGGCCCCGAAUUUCUGCUGCAACCGGAAGAAAACUGGCCGAAGCUUCCAGCUUUAGAAUCCUCCAACGAAGAACUCCGUCCUAAUUUAUUACACCACCAUGACGUUGAUAAUUGGGUAGUUACACCCGCCAACUUUUCAAGUUGGAAGCGCUUGCUUCAUACCGUGGCAUUUGUAAUGCGAUUCCCAAGGAAUCUGAGAAGAAAGAAAGUGGCAGAAACACCUGCUGUCGGUCAUUUUCCAGGACAGGUGCAGGCAGGUACCGGUAGUUUGGUACGUUGUCUUCCAGUAGAGCACAUUGGAGCGCCAGUUGUCGAUGAACAAUACGGGCCACGUUGUUGUGGCGCUCGGUGUAGGCUGCGUUGGCCAAAACGGGACAGCCUCCCAUAAUGUGCUCUAUGUUUUCACCUGGUUGAUGACACAUCCGGCAAAUGUCAUCAACGUCUUGAUGCCAGACGUACCGCCUGCAGUUUCUCGUCGGCAUUAUCCUGUCCUGGAUGGCUAUCAUGUCGGCUUCUACUACUGAAGAGAGUUCACCACGCGUUAGCCACAGAUUAGAUGCGGCCUUGUCGACAUGUGGCCGGUCCAGUUGAUGGGAGUGGGCACCAUGCACUGCCUUCUGCUUCCAAGCUGCAAUCUUCUCCUCCACUGUCUGCAGAUUGCAGUUUAGUUGGUACUCCGCUUGCGCCUAGUGCAGAGCGCUGUAUCCUCUGUCAGCUGCGCAGACAGCCCGGUAUAGCGCGUUUUGGUUGGCGCGUUCUGCGAAGUACUCGCGCAGUUGUCGUACCUGGGCAACACACAGUGCAGAAAUGUCGACGAUUCCAAAUCCCCCUUCUUUGCGUGGUAGUGAAACUCUCUCCAGUGCCGAUUGAGGAUGGUGCAUUCCGGCCUCUUUGAAUGCUUUCCUCAUCCUCCUCUCAAGGUCCUCUAGGUCAGUUUUGCUCCAUUUGACUACACCAAAACUGAAGGUCAGCAGGGGAACCGCGAAUGUGUUGAUCGCGCGUACCUUGUUCCCCGCGUUGAGGAAUGUCCUCAGGACACUGUUCACUCGACUCAAGAACUUGUCUCGCAGCUCCGUCUUGAUGUCGGAGUGGCAAAUCCCGGUGAGCUGUCGGAAUCCAAGAUAUUUAUAGGAUUCGCCACGAACUAUGUCUCUUAUAAACUCGCCGUCGUAGACCUCGUAGCCUCCGGAUUCGGUAAGUUGUCCUUUCAACAGGUGGACACAGCGACACUUGUCGAGGCCGAACUCCAUAAAGAUGUCCCUGAUUAAUUCUUCGACAACCCGGAUAGCUACACCUAGACGCUGACGUGAAUCAGCGUAGACCUUGAGAUCGUCCAUGUAAAAGGUAUGGGUCACUUCUUCGUGGGCGCCGUCGCCAUACCUUAUUUAUAGCCAUGACCGUUUCUAUUGAGCGUCCUACUGAGGGGGUUCAGUGCCAGACAAAACCAAAGCGGGCUGAAAGAGUCGCCUUUGAAUAUCCCCCUCUUUAUCUGCAGCGUUCUAGACUGCAACACAUUUUCCCCAUCUCCAACCUAACGACGACGGGAUCAAUUUUGUAGAGCUCCAAUACCCGGACGAGAAACGAGUGAGGUAUGGAGUCAUAAGCCUUCCUGUAAUCGAUAUAGGCCAUGCUUAGGUUCCGCCGGUUAUAAACCGCCUGGCCGACUAUGGCUGCGUCGAUGAUGGCCUGGUUUUUGCAGCCAUGCGUAUUUUUUCUGCAUCCUUUCUGCUCUUCUGCGAUGAUAUGGUGUUGUUCGCAGUGGGAAGAAACUUUGGCGGUUAUGAUGCUGCUUAAUAUCUUGUACAGACUCGAUAGGCACGUUAUCGGUCUGUACUUUGAUAGGUUCAAUGUGUUGCUGUCUUUAGGGAGGAGGAAUGUGACGUCACGGGUGGCGAAUUCAGGGAAGUUGUGUGGGUCACGUAGCACCUUGUUGAAGCACUCAGCUAUCUUUUGAUGUGCGACGGUCAGCUUCUUGUGCCAAAAGUUCUGAACACCAUCGGGGCCCGGUGCUGCCCAGUUCCUCAGGUACCGCGAGGCUUCGCGGACAUCGUUCUCUUCGACGAUGAUAGCUGGCAUCUCUCCAAUUUCACCACAACUCUCCUCCUCCCGUCUUAACCACAUUUGCCCUUCGCGAUGUUGUACUGGAGUUUCCCAAAUACCAGCCCAGAAGUUCGUCACAUCGCUAAUAUCUGGCAAACCUUCGCGGUAGUCGGGCUUCUCGUCGCUAAUGUGGUCGUAGAACGCUUUUUCGUUAUAUCUGAACAUCCGAUUUUGUUCCUGGCGCUUUGCAGAGUCAGAGUAACGUUUCAGCCGUUUAGUUAGGACGCUAAAUUGCUGUUCCGUCAGCUGGUGAGCUCCCAGCUGGUGAAGUUCAGUAGGCCGCACGAUCACAGCAAUUUCGCCGAUCUGCUGCCUCUUUUGUACGCCAUCAGUCUUCCAAUUGCGGCGCGCUUGUUUAGGAUCCGUUGCUUCAAUCUCCUUCGCCAUGGAGGCUCACGCCUUUCACGGAGAUGUUGGAGCAGUCCGCCUCUUGGCCUAAUACGGUAUCCUAAACUUUUGGCGGCCGCCACAGCAGCACAGUAAACUUUCAGUUGCAGCUCCUCCAUGUUCUCAGCAUCAACCAAGUGCAGCGGAAGAACGUGCUCGUUCAUGAGCUUUACUGCACUUGUCAGCCUGCGGGAAUGCUGCAACUUCGGGAUCCUGGGGCGCGACAAUGGGUCUGUGUCGCGGAACUGUGAGAUCGCCUCGUCGUAGUGGAAGACCAGAUCGCGUAGUAGUUGUUGAUCUGGCUGUGGGUCUUCCGGCUCAGGGGGUUGUAGUACUGUGGCCUCCACUGGUGCUGAUUCGCGUGCCCCACUCGCGAAUGAAUUGCUCAGCCGUACUGAACUUCGUCUCGACACAUCGCUUGCUUUGUUGUUCCUGGAGCUUAUUUCUCUCUGCACCUGCUGCUUGAUCUCGUCGAUUUGGGUUUGGGAGAGCAUGUUGUUGCGUACUAUCGCUCUACGCCUCGCGUUCAUCGCGUUCUGAUCAAGCCUCCCGACGAACUCUGGAUACGCUUCCUCGAACAUUGUUAGUAUUCGAGGGCGACCGCUCAUGUCCGUCUCCAAAGCAGUGCAGAUGUAAUAGGCGCGGAUCACGAAUUCAUUCAUUUCGUGUGUCCACAUGAUCCGGCGCCUAGUGGUACCCACAAGUGUGGACGACUGUCGUCUGGCAGUCGCAACACGUCUCGUAGGCACAGCGUUUCUUGGGUGAUGUCGAUGGCUGCUGUUUCCGUGUGGCGGUAGCUCUUCGGGUUGAACCCGGCUGGUGGCCCGCUCUUGCACCUCGCCCUCCAGCCGCUGGCCGCUCGCUCUUACGCCCGCUCCAGUUCCAGGACCAGCUCCAGUUCGGGGACCCUCCUCGGGUGACCGCAUUCUUAUUACUCUUCGUGAUCGUAGCUCCAUUUUAUUGGGUGUAUCUCCUUUGCCCGGGAGACAGCGGGUUGGCAAGGCCUCCAUGACCCGGGAGGCCUUCCCCGGGAGAGAUAUAGCGCUCUGACUCGCUCGCACCCCCUCACUUAGCCACUUUCGACACCCGUUCUCGGAGCCAAGACCAGGUGUGUGUUUCCAGUUCACGCCCGAUCUAAAAAUGUCGUCAUAUGAUCUUCGUGGAGGCGUGAGAUAGGAACAUUUCAGACCAACAGGCAGGCUCCUACCUUAUGUUGAUCCCCAUUUGAGAACCAAUUUAAAAUUUUUUUUCCACUUGUUUUCCUGUUUUUUUUCUUUAUUACAAGUAUUCUUUUCCAUACUCAUUCUUCCUGCUGUAACGUGUGGGCAUCAGGUGGUUGUAAUUCAACAUCUUAAUGAAUGGCUUUAUCUUUGACCGCUUGUGAAGACGGGCCUUGCUCAUCUGACGGGUCACUCGGCGAGGGUAACGGUCAAUACCAGCAACGAGGGCAUGCCCAAACUGCUUAUCCGUAGUUCCGUCAUCGAACGUCUUAAGGAUUAUGGCCUUGCGACCGGCGUACCGUCCACCGAGGACGAGUACCAUCUUACCGGAUUUCAUGAUUUUGCCCAUGAUGCAGUGAAAUGUGUUCACUUUCAGUCGCGAUGGCUGACCGGAAAAAGCUAAACUCAAAAACAAAUCACGUAUAUUUUACUUCCGGGCUUUCCAAGGUAGUUCUCACAUGCAGGAAUCGUGCAUUUUUCUACUUGUGUUUGAUUGUGCUCUCGAAUUUCCUUCCUUAAUUCAACCAUUGUCAACAUUUUUAUAGUUUUCACUACUGAAAGAGGUAAAUAAAUAACAUGUUAUAUAUAAAAUUGCGUAGAGUUAAAUUUCUUACAAACUCAUCGCAAUCAAAUAAUCUUUUAUGAUUAUAACAUUGUAAUUUAUGGAGAGAACUACAAACCUUCCUUAAGCUCACAUGGCAAAAUUUAAAACCAUCAUCACUUUCACCGCAGCGCCGCCUAGGUGUAGAUUUGUACGUUAGACCGCCAAUUGCCCACCGCAUCCAUGUGAAAAUUCAGGAAGGAUUUUCAGGAAGUAAUUCUAGAGCAACAUGUCAAAAGGGUCUAACUCGAAAAUGUAAACAAACUUUUCAUUCCAGUUUUUGAUUGAGAACUCAACCAUCUAUCCAUACAAUUAACAAAAACUACUAAGAAUACAUAAAAAAAAACCGAAAAAUCAUUUCGAAAAAACGGCCUAACUGAUAAUGCUUAACUUUUUAGAUAGAACCAUUUGAUGCAAAACGAUGUAACUUCAAUUGGAUCGAAUAAAAAGAUAGGCCCUUUUUUGAAUGCAUCCUUUUCAUAUUUUCUGUCUAUUCUGUUGUUUUUUUCACAUAAGUUCGAAGAUAUAGAUUAUCAAAUUAAAUCC